UUCCACCCACAUGUACACUGAAAAUGUCUGUUUACAAAAUCAAGGAUCAGCUCAGAAAAUCUGUGGAAUCUAAGCAACCCACAGUACAUUUCUACUGUGAGACCUGCCAGAUCGAAAUUCCAGCAGGUGAAAACAGAUGUCAACACUGUGACGAAUCUUCUGUGUUGGAAUAUCACAAUUUAGACGUUGAACAACAGAUAAAAGACUUGUUCAAAGAUGAGCACUUCUGCAAGUUAGUAAUGAAGGAGACGGAAUCAUCAAAGGAUGGACAAUUGGCAGAUAUAAGGGAUGGAUCGGAGUACAGGAAGCUUCUAUGUGACCAGUCGGACUUUCAGCCUUCCAACACAGUUCAGCUUUCUUUUCUGUUGAAUACUGAUGGGGUUGCUGUGUAUUCCUCAUCAAAGAAAGGCAGCUUGUGGCCAGUCUAUCUGGCGAUAAAUGAACUUCCAAUAGCUUUGAGGUUUUCAAGGAGGUACCUACUGCCAUGCCUGUUGUUUUGCCAAUCAGAGAAACCAAACAUGCAGACUUAUUUGGCAAGUCUAAUGCAGACACUCGAUCGUUUUCAAAAGGGAAUUGAAAUUGACACCUUUUUGGGAAAGAAAUUUGUCAAAGGACUCCUACUAGCCGUAUGUGUUGAUUUGCCAGCCAGAGCCAUGGUCUUAAACAUGAAACAGUUUAAUGGCAAAUAUGGAUGCAAUGUUUGUCAUGCAGAGGGAGAGACUCAGCCAAAUUGCCCACUUCACAGGUAUUAUCCAGUUGGAGAAAGCUCACAAAGAACUCACAAGUCCAUGGUGAAUGAUGUUCGCACAGCUGUUCAAAGUGGACAAGCUGUAAGAGGAAUGAAAGGUGGCUCUGCCCUCCUUGCCUUAAAGCAUGUUGACUUAUCCAAGAUUUGUCCAAUCGACUGGAUGCACUGUGUGCUCCUUGGAGUAGUGAAGGCUUUGCUGAAACUUUGGCUGUGUCCUUCACACAAGAACAGAUCCUUUUAUAUUGGAGAUAAGAUUGCACUGAUGGAUAGGAGGCUCCUACACAUCCAAGUGCCGGAUUUCAUAGCCCGACAACCAAGCAGCAUAGCUGAGCAUGCUCACUGGAAAGCUACUGAGUGCCGGGAAUGGCUGAUACACUUCUCAAUUCCUGUGCUUAGGGGUCUGUUGAAAUAUCCAGUCAGUGUCCACUACUUCUUGCUUGUGUAUGCAAUGAGCUUGUUAACAAAGGAAGUUGUAACAGUGGAAGACAUCAGUGUUGCCGAAGACAUGUUGACAGACUUCUGUACUGUGUUUCCUGACAUAUAUGGCGAGUUAGUUAUGUUGCUUAGCUUGAUUGCAAAUCACUUCCAAAGUAAAAUUAUGGAAAUCUGCAUAAUAUGACAUUUUUAGAAACAAUUUAAGUAAGAAUAGAAAUUUGUAAAGAUGAAUAAUUCUGUAUAGCACUUUUGAAGUUGGCAAAAUGUGAUGUCAAAUAAUAUUAGGAUAUAUAAUUACAUUCAUAUUGAAAUGUAUGUACA